UCGUCCCCACUCACAGUUUGAAGGGAAAGUCACUCGUACGUGUUUCACAAUAAGCUCUGCAAAAUGGAAGGCGUAUCAAGAAAGGCUUUGAGGUAUUCAGCGUGUUUCAGAUGUUGUGAGUGGGAGGCGGCAAAGUGUCAGAGGUUGGCCAGAUCGUUCAUGAUGCAUCCAGGCCACCAGGUGAAGGGGACGCAAACACAGGUGAGUAUGAACAGGAGAAGCACACCUCAGAACCCGGCUAAUCAUCUCGGACCUUUGAAAAUCAUGAGACUAAACGAUUCUGAAACUCCUGACGAUGAAACUACAGCAAUACCUUCGCCAGAUACAGUUCAGCUUCCACCAGAGGAUGUAGAGGACAAAGACCCUCCCGCCUAUGACUCCAUGUACCCAGGGAAGGCUCCGGAGUAUUCCCAAGGGCGCUCCUGUCCUGCAGAAGAUAAUGUGACUUGCAACUUCAGGACGCCUAGAAUGGAGGUUAGGAAUGAUGGAGUGAAGGGCGCGGAGUGUGAAGAGAAGGCAGCUGCUGGUGGGACGCUGCAGAAUGUUAAGGAGGAUGUGAGCUGUCAUGAGGAAAAGAAGGAAGGAAUGUGUUUAGCGAUGGAAGUUUUGCGGGACUUCUGCACCAAGACCACAGCUCACGGCUUCAGCCACGUUGUGAAGGAUGGACAGCCUCUCCUGCUGAGGCUGUUCUGGGUCACAGUCAUUGGCGUUGGGAUUCUGUUACUGGUCUCCGCCUCGUAUGAAGUGACGCACGCCUCCCUCAUUGCCCAGCGGCCCUCCAUUGAGAUCGUAUACCGGGACCUGUACAGCACCGGCAUGCGAGUCCCCUUCAUCACUGUGUGCAGCCUGGCAGGGUUCGCCAAGUCCAAGUUAACCAAGCACAACGUGAGUGACGCCCUGGCCUCGUACCUGCUGCUGGCGGUGCGGGGGACGGAGAUCAUCAGCCCAGCCCUCGAGACCAACCCGGCGAGGAAGACUGUACUGAAAGGCGAGCUCGAUGCGUACCUAGAGGAACACAACCUUACUGUUAGCGAGAUGGUCACCUUGCUCUCCCCCAGCUGUGAGGACCUGGUGGCUGUGUGCAUGAGCUCCACCAAGACCAUGUUUAGGCUGGAGUGCUGCCGGGAGGUCCUCAAGCCUACACUGACGGGGCUAGGCCAAUGCUACACGACCAGAAGCCCUCAAGUGAACGCCAUCCUCCGGCAGACCUUCGCUGGGCUGCUAGGGGGGUACAAGGUUAUCUUCGCUGUCAACACGAGUGAACAGAUCAUAUAUGACUCCAGAAUCGUGUCUUCCCCGUCCUUGGCUGAGGCUGGAAUUCACGUAUCGCUGUCCACCUUCGAUCUCAGUCCCUCAGUAGCCACCAGCAUGCAGCCUCUCCGUGUGGCGCCCAACACUGCUGCCUCCGUCGCCGUCUCCUACACCUCGCUGAACAAGAGGGAGCGGUACAAGGGGGCGUUACCGUGGUCUGUGCCUACCUGCGUGACUGAGGAGAGCUUCUGGAAUCUGACGGAGGAAGAACGCUCAAAAAUACACCACAACUUCUUCUUCCACAUCUCCUACAGGACGUGCCCGCUGCAGCUUACCAACUGCACCCUGCUGGCGAGAAGUUUCACCAAUGACACGACUGCCGAUUGUCACCCUUCAGACAUCCUCCACCACAAAGUAAUGGACGACCAGAUGACUGACUGCCUCUACGACCACCUUUACCGGGACGUGAGUGACAACAAGCUGUGUGAGGUGACCGAGAUGACGCAACAGAUGAGUCACACCACACUAGUUCCCGAGAUGCUGGAGGCUCAUGAGGGCAUCACAGUCAUCCCAGAUCUUACAUACUCGAUGAUCAACAUUUACUACACCCAGCUGGGCUACACUGAGCACAAAGAGAACAUCCCCACUGUCUUCACCUGGUUCAGUGGUCUCGGCGGACAGAUGGGGCUGUUCCUUGGGGCGUCUGUCAUCACCCUUGUCGAGAUCUACUUCACACUGUGCCGCGUCCUUCACCUUCUCCUCACCGCCUUCGUCGCCGCCUUCUGCAGGGAGAUCAGAAGAUGCCUCGGGGUGUUUCGGGACCCAAAACGCUCCGCCUGAAGUGCUUAGUCGACCGGUCCCGUUAUCCAGGCUGUGUGUCGUUGUCAGGGACCUCAGAGCACCUUUUAAGAUACCAGUGGUCCGUAUUUAAAAACGCUUUGCUUUCCCACCAUGACUGUUUUGAAGGCCACAGAGAUGAGCAGCAGGGUUUGCAAGUGUUUCUCCUGUUAAUAAUAAUGUGCAAGUCUCAUCAAUCUGUCUCUGGAACCGUAAAAACAUAGAAAAACUAGUAUAGUUUUAAAUAAAGCCUUUGGAAAUAGUGGAGGUGAAGCAAAGAAGUUUUUGAGAAUACGAACCUAGAACAGACGAGUUUAUUUGGUGAUUUCGCUAUAACGCACUUCGUUAAUUCUGCCUGAACAGUCAGUAUUUAAGUAUAUGCCUCUCCCUCCAUGGCGCUACAGUCAAGGUGGGAAGCACGUUGGACCUUACAGCUUGUCCCUUACCCAUCAGGCAGUAGUAGUGGGUGGGAUGGUGGGUGGUGUGGAUGCUUGAGGGGUGAGUAAACUGUGCAUGGCUGGUGGUAGAGGGUUGUGGAUUCAGGAUAGUGUUUCUCAAAUGCUGUUGGUUGAUGGUCCGUUACAGUGGAUGAUGUAUCUGUAGCCUUACUGUAGAUGGCAUGCUGGUUCUUACACCUGGUUUUUGUACACACCCGCCACUACAUAAAAAGAUUCUACUGACUAUA